UACUCUCUCUUUCUGUCACACGCGCUCCCGCCCUUCAUAACGCGCUCCACUGCGCCUCGGCGCUGAACUGAACAAUUCAGCGGGAGACUAAAGAGGAUGAGAGCUGAAGUCAGUCAGCCGGCAUCCAAAGCUUCUUAACGGCAGCAGGUGGAAAGAGGCAAGGAGGGAGGAGGUCAAAGAGGAGGAGGAAUGUGUGGGAGUGUGAGCGACUGAGUGUGUGUGUGUGUGUGUGAAGAAAUCGGUGACCGAGACGCGUCCAGGUGGACCACUCAUCCUACCUGCACUGCACACUGCUGCUGUAUAACUGUGUUUCUUUAAUGUUAAACCAAGUUCAGCGUCAUGACCCCGUUUUUUAGAGUCAACACAGCGUAACUGGAUCGCUAGGACUGAAGAUGACCAGAGACAGAGACGGUUUGAUGGAUCGGGGACACCGGAGAACCGCUCUUUUCCUUUUUGCGCUCGCUUUCCAGGCUCUGGCUGUGCAUGCAGUGGGUAUGUUUGAACUGCAGAUCCGCCAGUGGCAAAACUCUCUUGGCAUUCUACAGAAUGGUCAGUGCUGUGACCUCCAGUCCAGCAAGGGACAGCGAUGUCCUCAAAGUGACCAGUGUGACACUUUCUUCAGGGUUUGUCUGAAGGAGUACCAGGCCCGUGUGGCACCACUGGGGACAUGUACAUUUGGUACAGGCGUCACACCGGUCCUGGGUGGAAACUCCCACGGCAUGCAUCAUCACGGGCUUGAAGCAGGCCGGAUUGUCAUCCCAUUCAAAUACGCCUGGCCGAAAUCCUUCUCCUUGGUGAUCGAGGCCUUUGACCAUGACAAUGAAACAUCAGAGCAAGAACCAGUAGGUCAGGAGGAACUGAUAGAGCGGGUGUUGUUGUCCUCUAUGCUGAACCCCAGUGAGCAGUGGCAGACGUUCCACCACCACGGCCGCCACUUUACCGCUGAAUACCGGCUGCGGUUUCGCUGUGACACCAACUAUUACGGGCCACAAUGCAACAAGUUUUGCCGUGCCCGUGAUGACUUCUUUGGCCAUUUCGACUGUGAUACACUUGGCAGUAAAGUCUGCAAAGAUGGAUGGACAGGACCAGAAUGUAGACAAGCGGUGUGUAAGCAGGGAUGUAACAUGGCCCGUGCUUCCUGCACUCAUCCAGGAGAAUGCACGUGCCAUUAUGGCUGGAAGGGUGAUCUGUGUGACGAGUGUGAGACAUUUCCAGGCUGUGACCAUGGCACCUGCAAGGAACCCUGGCAGUGUGUAUGUGACACCAACUGGGGUGGCUUGCUCUGCGAUAAAGAUCUGAAUUUCUGUGGAACCCACCAGCCCUGUAAAAAUAGUGGUACUUGCAUCAACACAGAACCGAAUGAGUAUAAGUGUGUGUGUCAGGAUGGAUUUCGUGGUCGUAACUGCAGCAUCGUGGAACAUGCAUGUCUUACUUCUCCAUGUGCGAAUGGAGCUACAUGUAAAGAAGACCAGACAGGCUACAGUUGUGUAUGUGCAGAUGGUUGGACCGGACCCAGCUGUUCACUUGCUGUACUGCAUUGUGACUCCCAUCCGUGUGGCCGUGGGGCAACAUGCCUAGAGACUGCCCAGGGCUUCCAGUGUCUCUGCCCACCUGGCUGGACUGGCAAGACCUGCCAGAUAGACAUGAACGAGUGUGAAACAGGCAUCUGCGUCAACGCUCGUUCUUGCCGAAACCUGAUUGGAGGAUAUCUGUGUGACUGCCUUCCUGGGUGGGUGGGGCCAAACUGUGACACAAGGAACACCAGCUGCCAGGGCUUGUGUCAGAACGGAGGGCGAUGUGAGGAUUCACAUUGUGUGUGUUUGCCGAGUUUUACUGGUAAACAUUGUCAGACAAUAGUGGGAAUGUGUGACAGCGCCCCCUGUCUGCACGGAGGACAGUGUGAAGAGCGAAAGGAUGAAGGGAGCAUAGUCUGCAACUGUCCAUCUGGAUAUACAGGAACUUAUUGUGAGACAAUAUUAGACCCUUGUAAUCCCAACCCCUGUCAGAAAGGGGUGCCAUGUCACAGCACAGAGAGUGGCUAUAUUUGUGCCUGUCCGGAGGGUUACUUUGGAAAAGAGUGCAUGUGCCAUGGGUCACAUUGUCAAGACACCGUGAGUGGAAUGUUCAGUGUGUAUAUGGUGUUAUUGGGUGCAUUGGCCGUGUUGGUAGCCAUCGGCUGCUCUGCCUGCGCUCUUCUCCUGUCCCGUCUGCACCGUCGCCAGCGUCCCAAGCAACAGCCGAGCGCCACGCCUCCAGAUACCGCCAUCAACAACCAGCGCCAAUUCUGCACUCUCAUCCGCAACAUAGAACACUCUACAGCACUGCUCGGCCCUGGUCAAAAUCAGACCCAAACCAUUUUGUGUAGUUCUGCCAUACCAAUGCUGCAGCUGGAAGAGAUUGAGCUGACCCUACCAACCUCACAGGCUCCACCCCCCAACCAGAAAUCAGAUCCACCUCCUGUUCUCAAACCCAGCCUCACGCCCAAACUUGACAUCUGCAACCGUGAGCGUGAGAAACUAAAUCGCUUCCACUACGCUGAUAACCACGAAGUGGAGGCAUGACCUUGUCCUGACCUUUGGGAAAAUGCACUACUACACCGAUCACUCUAAAGCAGCUUCCUGCUGCAGAACUUUGACCUGUAACCUGAAAAAAGGUCAGAAGGACUGAACUCUCUAUCUAGGAAAGAAAUUGCUCUCCAGGCAGGAGCUGCAGAGACAUCGCUGCUGUCAGGUCCAGUAUGUAAAUGCAUAAAAAAGGCCUAACAGUCAGAGGUCAAAAAGGACAAAUCAUUUUGUGGCCUGUGACUCUCAUUUUUAAAUGAUGAUUAUUUAACUGUGUUUGAUGUGUGUUUACACAAGUGCCAUCUGUAUUUCUACACAUCUGCAUUUGUGUGUAUGUGUAUGUGUGUGUGUGUGUGUAUGCAUGGUUAUGAAUGUGGAGUUUUUAAGAACUGAAUCCCACACAGCCAUGCACAUGGGCAUGUUUUGGAACAUCAUUACUUUUUCCCUCUCCAGAUAGAACAAUGCGAGGAAGAGGGGAUAUUCACCAGUAGAUGACUGAAAAAGCAAAGAAGUUGUACAGGCUGUCUAAAGGAGCGGCACACAAUUCUAAAAAUUAAGACUCAGUUGUAUUUUAUAUUGCCUGUCAUGUUGCAGCUGUAGAAGAUGUAUGAUUUUUUUUAUACUUGGAUGUAAAUAGCUUUUUUUGUAAAUAUGCUGUAUAUAUUGAUCGGGAAUUUUUUUUGUACGGUGGUUUUCUUUUGGAAAUGUCACCAUUUUGUCAUCUUUUCAUCUCCUUUCCUUCCUCUCUGCUGGGUUAUGCAGGCAGGAUGGUUUGCAAAUAAAGUGCAACUACCAACUGAUGUGUGUGUGUAUGCAUAACGUGAGGCAUAGCAGAUUUACUGGGCUUGGAAUAAAAUAAAGGUUUUCUGCGCAUUGA